AUGGACGACGACGAGUGUCUGGGAAUUAUGUGGUCGCUGCAGCAACAACGGACACAGUUCCUUCUGCUCGAGGAGCGUAUACAAGCCGCGGAAACGGAAGCGGAUGAGCUGGAGGAGAAGCUCAUGGCCACAAACUUUACGGUCGCCGCUCUCCUUGCGGAGAAGUGGACUACGAUCCCACGCGAGCGGGUAGUCUACGUUCGGUCGGGGAGGUGGUUUGAGGAGACGCUGCCUAGAAUGGGCGAUCAGCAUUUCCGUGCUUGUUUUCGCGUCUCCUCGACCACCUUCCGGUAUCUUGUGGACGUUUGCCGGCCGUCAAUGCUUCGGCAAGACACCGCCAUGAAGACGGCAAUAACGGUGGAGAAGAGGGUGGCCAUCAGCCUGUACAGGCUCUGCUCCACCGCGGAGGAACGAACAAUCGGCCACCUCUUUGCCGUUGGCCAGUCGGUCGUCAAUGAGACGUACCGAGAAUUUUGCGACGUCGUCAUUGAGGAGCUCGAGGCGCGCACAAUAACAAUGAUCCGAAACGAAGAUCUCGACAACCACAUGCGCGAGUUCCAGGCAGUGCUGGGAUUUCCCAACGCCAUCGGGGCUCUCGACGGCUGCCACCUGCCUGUGUCGCCACCAAAGGACUUGGCUGUUGACUACCACAACUAUAAAGGAUGGUAA